AUGGGAGCCCUUUUCACUGGGGCCUCCUCCCUAUCCAAGCUCUCCGCCGUCGCACGUGUGUCGCCUGCGCUUUCGCCCAAGCAGUCGCUUGUUUCGCUUAGCGAUCGCCUGAUUCGCUCCGGCUUGAUCUCCACGCGCGUUACCAGGAACCGUCUUUACAGAUCCAACCGAUUUUCUCAUCAGGCCGCAAUGGUCGCCGGGAUCGGCGGCGGAAGUGGCGGCCACUCCGCCGAUCAGCAACAACCCGCGAGGCCAAUUACUGUUGCGGCGGCGGCGGCUGCAGGGGAUGGCGGGGCCGUUGCGUCCUCGCAAGUGAAGGAGGCUCCAGCUGACGCCGCAAAUGCCGGCGCGAAAGCCGGGUUAGCAGCCGCGGCGGGGAGAGGAAACGCGGGAGUGCGGCGAUUGGAGGAGCUUGAGUGGGAGAGCACGUUUGUUGACAAGCUUCCUGGGGAUCCGGUGGAAGAGAAUCACGUCCGAAUUGUUCGCAACGCGUGUUACUCCCGCGUGCGACCGUCGCUAAAGCUCAAGGACCCGCAGGUUGUCGCCGCUUCGGAGUCGGUGGCGCACCUCAUUGGCCUCGACCCCAACGAGUUCACGCGUCCUGAGUUCGCGGCGGUCUUCACUGGCGGCAUUGUGCUUCAGGGGUGUUGCGCACAAGUUCAUCCCUCACCCCUCCCCUUCCUAUCCCUCCCUCUUCUUCCCCCCCCUUCCUCCUCUUCCCCCGCUCUCCUUCACCCCCUCCCCUUCCUCCCCUCCUUCCCCAACACUCCGCAGCAAACCCUGCGCGCAGUGCCACGGGGGCCAACAUCUGGUCGCGAAUUCUUCCCGUUCAUCUCCCCCCUUCCCCACCCUUCUCCACCCUUCCCCACCCCUCCACCUGCCCAAACACCCCGCAGCAAGCCCUAUGCGCAGUGCUACGGGGGGCACCAGUUCGGAUCGUGGGCGGGGCAGCUGGGGGAUGGGCGCGCCAUCACUCUGGGGGAGGUGGUAUUGGGGGAAGCCACGCAGGGGGAGGGGGGGAAGGCGGAAGGCGCGCAGGGGGAGGGCGCGCAGGGGAAGGGGUGGAAGGAGAGAUGGGAGUUGCAGCUGAAGGGGGUGGGGAAGACACCGUACAGCAGGCACGCGGAUGGGCGCGCUGUGCUGCGCAGUUCCAUUAGAGAGUACCUCUGUAGCGAGGCCAUGGCUGCCCUAGGUGUUCCUACAACGAGGGCGCUCUCUGUUGUCACGACUGGGGAGAAGGUGUUGCGAGAUAUGUUCUACAACGGCAAUGCCAAGUUUGAGCCAGGAGCUGCUGUGUGCCGCGUGGCGCCCUCCUUUAUCAGGUUCGGCUCAUUCCAGCUCCAUGCCUCCCGGGGAGGCUUGGACAAGGAGAUGGUUCGGGUGCUGGCGGACUACACCAUUCUGCACCACUUCCCACACCUGGCCGACCUCCCCGAGCCUCCGGUGCAGGUUCGGGAGCCAGGUCCGGAGGAGGAGGAGGAGGUUGGGGAUCCCGAUGCUGUGGAUGUGACGACAAACAAGUACGCAGCGUGGUUCGCUGAGGUGGCUGAGAGAACAGGACACUUAGUGGCAGCGUGGCAAGCAGUGGGGUUCACGCACGGCGUCCUCAACACAGACAACAUGAGCAUCCUCGGCCUCACCAUCGACUACGGGCCCUUCGGGUUCCUCGACUCCUUUGACCCGGAUUUCACCCCCAACACGUCCGACAUGCCCGGGAGGCGGUAUUGUUUCCGGCAGCAGCCGGACAUCGGGCUGUGGAACGUGGUGCAGCUGGCCAAUACGCUCGUGACAGGUGGCAUUAUUGGAGUGGCCGAGGCACAGCACGGGGUGUCGAGGUAUGCCGAGGCCUUCCUCUCAGCCUACCAGCAGCGCAUGGCGGCAAAGCUGGGCCUGCCGUCAUACGACAAGGACUUGACUCAGUCAUUGCUGCAGCUCAUGGCCAAACAUGAGGCUGACUUCACCAACACCUUCCGUGCCCUUGCCCAUGUGCCUGCUGAAAGAGAAGUGUCAAACGCUGACCUGGUAGCGCCAAUGAGGGGGGCGCUGGGGUUGCAAGAGGGGGCAGGGAAGGAAGGGGAGAAAGAGAAGGAAUGGGUGGAGUGGCUCAGGCUUUAUACUGCCAAGCUACGGGCUGGAAAGGUUUCAGAUGUUGCCCGCCGGGCAGCUAUGGAUGCAGUCAACCCUGCCUACAUUCUCCGCAACUACCAAUGCCAGCUGGCGAUCGAGGCAGCGGAGCGAGGAGAUUUCAGCGUUACACGGCGGUUACAGGAAGUGUUGCAGAAUCCUUAUGAGGAGCAAGCAGGGGCUGAGGAAUUUGCCCAGCCUCCUCCCGAGUGGGCACUUAAGCCUGGGGUUUGCAUGCUCUCGCCGCUCCCGUCUCUGGGAUUCAACGCGGGAGUGGCGGUCAAAGGCGGCUGUCCAGGCUCCGCGAAGUGCGUGAUCGACGGGCGCCACAAGUACGCCGUGUUUUCCGGCGGCUUCAACUGCUUCAUCUCGAUGGAGCAAGUCACCGUGCGCAACGCCGUCAACGGCGUGCACACCGGCGGGUGCGCCGUCACGGCGCGCCGAGUCACGUUCAUCAACAACGUCGCGCGGACCACCGGUGGUGGCGCCGUGGUCAAUUCCCGCGCCGCCUCCCCCACGUCCGGCGCGCUGCUGUUUACCUUCUGCGAGUUCGUCAACAACACCGCCGAGAGCGGCAACGGCGGUGCGCUCAACGUGGGGCAGGAGCCCGUGGGCGGCCCGCGCGUGCAGCUCGCGGGGUGCACGUUCCGCGGGAACCGCGCGGAGAAGGGCAAGGGCGGGGCGAUCUAUAGCGAGGAUAACGUGCUGUACAUGAACUCCGUCAAGUUCGAGAAGAACUAUGCGUUGGUGGGCGGAGGGGCCAUAGCAACAACGGCCAAGAGCCUCACUAUAGUCAAAUCCACUUUCUUUAAGAACGUGGCCGUCCAGCCGCCCACUGGCCGUAACAACGGCGCCGACAGUGGCGGAGGGGCAAUCCUGGUCUCUUCUCGAGACUCUACCCUCUCUCUCUGCUCCACGUCUUUUGCUGGUAACCGCAACAACAUGCGAGCGCAAGCCGGCGACAUUGCGGUUCGGCAGCUCGCGGCAGGCUCGGGAACAGGCUCGGUGAGCUUCUGCAGCAUGCCCGCGCCUGCGAAUGUGGAUCGGGCUCCAGGGCUGAAGAUCCGAGCCAACUGCAAGGGCUGCACGGGGUGCGCUAAUGACUGUAACGGGCACGGGACUUGUGUCUAUAACGCGGAUUUUACCCCCAGCUGCCAGUGUGUGCGGCGGUGGGACAACGAAACGGCGUGUGCGACAUGCGUUACGGGUUACACGCGGUUGAGUAGCUGCAGGGCGUGUUCGCCGGGGUUCUUCGCAACAGGAAGGAAGAACCAGUGUGCUCCGUGCACGGCCCUUGACAAGCUCGGUUAUGAGGCGCGCAAAAGCAACUCCCUCUACCCGUUCCUGGCCCCUGCCCUCUCCCCCACUGCCAGGUGCCUGGACUACGUGACAACCUGCAGCACAUAA